UUGUCUACUUUUUUUCGAAGAAAUAAAAGGUUCAAACUAAUUUUUAACUUGAGCGUUGUGUGAUCCGUGUCCUCGCAAUUUAAAUACGACGUUUUAGUAGGGCUGUCAGUCGUUUAUUUGAUGUCGAAUCACAGGUUGCGCUGGGCUAUGUGUUUUUUUUUCUUCGCUGUGACGCUUGUUGUUUUGGUGAUAACAAACCCAUCCGACAGGAGUUUUGUACGCUAAAACAAGUCAUUCAGUCGGCAAAAUCUGGUCUGAUUUGCUGGGAAAUGUGGUUAAAAGGCUUCUGGGGGGUUUCGUGUCAUUCAUUUUCUACGGGGCAGAGAGGUUGCGUCAUGCCUCAACUUGUUGACAUUCUUUUGUUUACAGUGUUAGACCCGACAGCCCCUGGGUUUGAGCCGAGGACACUGCUGCUGCUUUGGAGGAGUGGGAAAACAGCAGGCCUGGGCUUCAGACUGACUUUUCGGACUCGAUAAUGCUUUCGAAACGUUUUAUCAGCGCCGCGUUGCGAGUACAUCCGCGUUUACGAAGUCGAAUCGACGGUUUGUCCGACCGUGCAGCGGCUGUUGAUCGAUUGUCAGAACACAAAUGACCGUUAAGUUCUUCCUUUUAAACUGAUGCAUUUGAUGCCCACGGCGUCUUUUAUAUUUUCAACCGUUUUUCUUUUACUUUGCAUGUCUUCAAAUACCAAAUAAUUUUCAAAUAAGCGUCAAAUGUUUAACCCUGUCAUUGAUUUUCUUUCAUAUUUAUUUGUCAGCUUCGUGUUUUCGAGCCUUUACACGCCACUUUUCAAGCCGAAUUUCUUUUAUUUAUCACUUUUGCUACGCAGUUAUGAAUGAAUGAGCUCUGGUACGCAUGCGCCAAAUCCUUUUAAGUUUAUAAACAAGGCCACCACGCAGCGGGUCACAUGACCAGUCACAGAGGUUUACUGUGUCGAUUCAGAGACAAAGGAUUCCCUAAAGGCUGCCUGCCUUUUCCAUUAUAUUCAUGUAAUACAUGACAUUUCUUGCAAUGAUUACGUGCAGCAUGAGAUAUUGUUUUUGUUUACUGUCAUUAGAAAUCUUUGACAGCGAAUAUCUAUCAUGUUAAUGUUUUUUUCAAUUCUAUGGAUCCUUUCAUCGUGCUUCACUGAAACCAUAUUACUAUCAGAAACCCACAUGCUAACAUUCAGACUUAUGUAUGCAAUUACAAAGACUCCAUUUUCAUUAAUUUUGCGUGAGUAUUGUAUAAGUCUGAUUGAAACAGCUUUGUAUAUAUAACUGGUGCAGUUUCACUUUGUUUGUGAAAGCUCUAAUUUUGUCUUUUGGUUUUGCCUAAAACCAGCUGAUGUGGCAGAAUAUGAUGAUGGAAACUGAGUAAACUGACGUGUAGCCAGUUUAAAAAAAUAAUAAUAAGAGGAAACAGCUGAACAGUUGUGGAAAUGGACGAGUCUUUUGAUCCACUCAAGUGUAACGAAGACCUGCCUUCCUCACCUGGGUGCCACAUGGAUUAUGAUGACAUGCCAGAGCUGCAAGAGGUGGAGGAGGACCAGAGGUCUCCAGGGUUAUUUCAGGUUGGAGCAGGAGUGUCUCACCAGGAGCUCAGCUGCUCCCCCAGCACCAACUGGCUUGCUGAGCUGGCCAACAUUGCCACCAGUCCUCAGAGCCCCUUGCUGAAGGAUGCCCCACAUAAGAGAUCAUCUCCAGUCCACAUCUUUGGCAACAGCAAUAGUUUACAUUCCUACGCCCGGCCCCCAUUAGCCAGUAGUGCACCCAACCCGUCCAGAGGCCACCUCAGGGAGCGCAGGCGUGUCAGGGCCAGCAGUGAAUCAGAGUCUGGAGUUUUCUCAAUGUCUUCAUCCUUUUCUGAUGAUGAGGACAUGGCAUGGUCUCACUCCUGGCCCUCCACAGCCUGGCAUUGCUUCCUUAAAGGAACUCGCCUGCGCUUCCAUCGAGGUCCUAAUGUUGAGUGGCAGGAGGCUGAUGAACUUGGGGAUUCAGAUGAUGACUCAGAUGAUGAAACCAUGAUGCCAUCCUCCUCCUCCGUCAAGAGGUUCGGUUCAGAGGGGCUGAAGCUGGUGAGCCAUGAAGAGACAGUGUCUUUUGGCCAAGCAGUUCUUAAACUGACCUUCGACCCUGGCUCACCUGAUGACAGUCUUUUAACAGCUGAAUGCCGACUAGAUCACCCAUUUUUUGUCAAAAACAAAGGGUGGUCUUCCUUUUAUCCAAGCCUUACUGUGGUGCACCAUGGGAUCCCUUGCUAUGAGAUGCAGCUUGGGGAUGUGUGCCUGCCACCAAACCACCCAGAUGCCAUUAACUGUGAUGACUCUGUCGUCUUUGACACUUUCAGAAGUUAUGAUUUCACCCCAUUAGAUUCUUCUGCAGUGUAUGUUCUUAGCAGCAUGGCUCGUCAGCGCAGGACCUCUCUGUCCAGUGGGGGUGCUGUCAGUCCAGACUGUGAUAAACUUGAGUGCUCCAGCUCCCCACAAUCCUCAAGUAGCAAAUCAAACAGGAGCCACACCUCAGGGACAGCCAGCAGUGCCACGCCUACAAAAUGCAAGCGGCCAAUGAAUGCCUUCAUGCUCUUUGCCAAGAAGUACAGAGUGGAGUACACACAGAUGUAUCCUGGGAAGGACAACAGAGCCAUUAGCGUCAUCCUGGGUGACAAAUGGAAGAAGAUGAAGAGUGAGGAGAGGAGGAUGUACACCAUGGAGGCCAAAGCUCUGGCUGAGGAGCAGAAAAGACUCAAUCCAGACUGCUGGAAACGCAAAAGAACCAACUCAGGUUCCCAGCAGACCUAGAUAAUCCGCCAGAAUCCCCAGCUGCUGAUGUUUUGGCAUGGAGAGGUGCUGGACAGAGUCUGAUGGACCGCUUGAAGCCUCUUUGCUCUCCUGUAUUCUUGAGACUCAACUGUGAUGCUGAAUUCACUUCCUUUUUAUAACCUUGAAACAUUAUAGAAAGAAACCAGAAUUACAAACUAUAAACAAAACAUGUAAUCUAGUGACUAACAGUGCAUAUAUAUUUUCUUAUAUCUUUAAUGUCAAAGAUGUCUUAUUCCCCUGAAAUAGGAAUGAAUCCUCUCAUUUAUUUCAGGAUAUUUCAUAUUCAAAGUUGAAAAAAAAAUGAGAGCCUGUGGUGCUAUGCUUCAGUGUAGAAGGAGCAGUAAACAACAAGUGUCUAUUUAUAAUUGUAAAAAGGGGAGUUUUAGGUAACUUUUCACAACUGUUCAUACUGAUUAUAUUUGUAAGAUUCAAUAUAUUGCACAGAUUGGUAACCCUUUCAUACAUUUUAUAAUACAGUAUAUAUUCUGCAGCUGAACUGUGGCCAACAGUUAGUGAUACUGCCCUGCCAAGUCUUCAGAUUGUCUUUGCUCAACCACCUGGCCAUAUGAUGAGAAGGCUUUCAGCAUGUGGUGGUGGGUUUACACUCAGACACAGAGCACUUCAGGCCUUCACUGUAAGUGUUUAUUUCUUUUGCACUUUAUAUAAAUAUGUAAUCUAAUCCUAUACAGCCAUUGUAUACUGGUGGAAACCAUUUGUAUAAAAACAGCUAGUAUCUUGAUAGUAAGCCGUUUGACACAAUCAUGGCUCAGUAGCCAUGUUCUGCUUUCAGGUUGCUAAUGAGUUUUAAGUGCUUUGUUCAUAAUGUACAGGUUUCACAGCCCCAACAACCUCUUGCACAAAAUAUCCUUGUAUCAUAUUAUAAAUAAUUUUUUUUAAACUUGCAUCUUAUUCAAGUGUUUGGUUCUUUUUCAUAAACUGUAAUCACGA